AUGGCCAUAGGCAUCGGCCUGGCCGCCUGCGGCGUAUCUUCUGUAUUUUUUGGUUCGAUGUUCGUACCGAUCCGAAGAUACGAUGCUGGAGAUGGAAUGUUUGCUCAAUGGGUAAUGUCUACCGCAAUUUUGAUGAUUGGCUUCAUCGUCUUCUGUCUUCAAGGAUUUCCCGGUUUCUACCCAUUGGCAAUGUUGGGCGGAGCGUUCUGGUCCAUCGGUAAUUCCACAGCGAUUCCGAUCAUCUCCAGGCUCGGGAUGACCGUCGGUAUACUUAUAUGGAACACAACGAAUUGCCUAACAGGAUGGGCUGGUGGGAGGUUUGGCCUCUUUGGCAUGAAAGCCAAUCCACCUGCUAGCCAAAUCCUGAAUUAUGGUGGAUUGGUUUGUGUAAUUAUAGGAGGAAUCCUGUUCUCUAGAGUCAAGAGUGAGACCAACGCGAACGAAAUGGAGGAUGGCAUUCCAACCACAGUGAAAGAAACGGUCAAAGUGAGCCAUAUUUCAGUUAACUAUCCAUCGUACUUUUUGGCUACAGAAAGGAACACGUUUGAAUCUCUUUUGGAAGGUAGUCCACCUACAUACUGCUCUUCAGUUUGUACUGCUUCUGUUUUCAGAGGUAUCGCUAUGUCUCUGGCAGCCGGUGUUUUUUACGGCAUGACAUUUGUGCCGGUCAUCUACAUGAUUGAUAAUCCGGACAAAUUUCCUGGUUACCCAGAUGAUGGACUGUCCUACGUGUUUUCUCACUACUUCGGGAUCUUCCUUACCUCAACUAUCAUGUUCAUCGGCUAUGCUAUGAUGAAACGUAACCACCCACUGGUUCCAUCAUUCAUCGUUCUGCCAUCACUCCUUGCCGGAAUAUUGUGGGCAAUUGCUCAGUCGUCAUUCUUUGUCGCUAAUCAACAUCUUUCACAAGCCGUUACAUUUCCCAUCAUCACAAUGCUUCCUGGAUGUAUCGCUUCUGCUUGGAGUAUACUCUACUUCCGUGAAAUCAAGGUAUACGAGAUUAAAGUUAGCUCCAAUACAUUCGUUUGA